AACGGGUACAGUUCAGACUGUAACGUUACCAUGGAGACCGACUCGAACAUUUCCGUCGGCAUGCCACCACAUCCGGUUCACUCAACAUCCGUUCAGGCAGUUGUCGGUCUAUCAUUGCUCUUUUUCAUCAUAGAAAUCGUCGGCAUCGUCGGCAAUAGUCUUGUUGUUAUUGUCGUUCUGUUGGACCGGAAGAUGCGACAAUCUGUGACAAACAUUUUCAUCAUGAAUUUGGCGGUUUCUGAUUGGAUGAUAAUGGUGUUCGGGAUACCGGAAAUCGUCCAGGUGAUGUUAAAUCGAGGCUGGGUACUAGGACCCGUCCUUUGUAAAUUCAACCGUUUUGUUCUAGUGGUAUCGCUUUACGCUUCCAUAUUGUCCCUGGUGUCCGUCUGCAUUGAAAGGUUUGUGGCCAUUGUUCAUCCUAUCAAGGCACAGAUCCUGUGUAACCGACGCAAGAACGCAAUAGCCGUCAUGUUAGUCUGGAUAGUUUCUAUUGGCUGUGGACUUCCCACUGCUAUGUACAACCAAGUCAUACCGCCUGGAUACUGCCAAAUAGUGUUCCCAAAUCGCAUCCGGGAUAUUCAGAUAUUCAAGUUUACAGAAUUUGCACUGUUCUACUUUGUACCGGUGUGUAUACAAAUAGCCCUGUACGCCGUCAUCGGGAAAAGACUGUACGCCAGUACGGAUGAACUAAGCACCAAGUUCCACAUGCGGAAGGAGAAUAACUGUAAAACGGACCGCGCUGCAGAAACGAUCAAGGCGCGGAAGGGCGUGGUUAAGAUGUUGGUGGCUAGUGUGAUGGUCUAUAUUGUGUGUUACGCCGCCCCUCAGGUGCUUACGUUUUACAAUACCUUUGCUGACCGGCCGUUCCACAUGAGCUGGUCAUUCGGAGUGUUCACCACAGUGGUUGCAAACAUUAAUUCCGCAGCCAAUCCGGUUCUGUAUAGUAUAUUUAGUCAGAACUUCCGGCGGAACUUCAAGAAAUGUUUAUUUUGUUUGUGUCUACGUCACAGACGGAAGGAAUAUAUCAGAGCGAGGUUUGACUCCUUCGAGUCGCGUGGAUUAUCUAGGAAAGUAAGCACUACUACAAAAACUACUAUAUCAAGAUUAUGACUUGUAAAGGGCGACAACUCUUGAUGAUAUUCUUUAAUAGCUUUAAUAUUAUUGUUGUGAAACGUCAAAUUACAUCAUUAAUACAUGUAUAUCGAUUCGUUGCGUUCCUGUACUACUUUGCAUUCCGUGAUCCUUGGACUGUAUCAUUGUUUACUGUACUUGUUCGUACAUCACAUUGGAAACAUAACAAAAAUGCAUCACGUGUCAUUUCAGAUUAUACGUGCCUGUGUCUAAAGGUCUUU